CGUGGCUGUGGCGACCACCUUGUGCCCCGAACGGCCGCUCGACUGUCGGCUCUCCCCAAUGGGCGGAGGAGCGAAGCAGCUCGAAGACGCCGCGGCGAGCAGCCGUCGCCAGCCUUCAGCCGGGCCGCCGACGUCGGCAGCGGCUGACCUGACGGUCGACGCGAGGGGACCAGAGGACGUCGACGACGGCUGCGACGCGCCAGCAGCGGCGAACGGUGACGGCCAUCACCCCCUGGUCUGGCUGGCCAUCCUCAAGGUGGGCCUCAUGGCGGACCCGGCCUGGUGCUCGGGCGCCAUCCACGAAAGGGCACGCCGCCUAUGGCUCGCCUUUCACCGACUGGAACCGCCGGACGGACAUCUCAGACAGAUGGCGCUAGAGACGGCACCUCCAUGGGAGCCCCUCGCCGCGACUCUGUGGAAGAGUAUCACCUCCGUACGAGACCUGUGGGAGCAGCAGCCGCCGGUAACGACCACGCACACCACGCUGGCGGCUGCCGCGUUGUUUCUCUGGCAGGGCUGCGCCCAAUGGCCAGCCCAAGAAGACAACAGCCGGAAGGACACCUGCUGCUGUUCGUGUUGUCCGCACCAGGGGUCCUCCUGUCCCGACUCCACGCUGCUACGAGCAAUAACUGCCAGUGAAUGCGAGGUCUCUGCAGACAAGGGUACUCGGUGUCAAAUAGACUACGACUGGGGACUGGGACAAGCGAAGUUACUCCACGCCGUGUGGGCAACCGGGCCAUGCCAGGCGACGCGCUGCUGCCCGAACCUUGGCAAGCCCUGGCCCUGGGAAGGGGCCGAACUCCUGCUCCCCCUGGUGCUGUCCCAAGGCCUGUCCUGGGCGGCCCUGGUGCGCACUGACACCGCCCCGUGUGCCUGA